GUUUCUAACUACAAAAUCCAAAUGGUUAGUACUUAGGAUUAGGAUUUAAUUGUUGUUAGGAAAUGAGGAGUAUUAGUAAGUAUACCAUUUAAUAAUACCAAGUAGUAGUAACAAACUAUUGUUUGUAGUAUUGUACACUAAUAUAAUUGAAAACAAAAAUCUGUAGUAAAGAUUAUUUCAAAACUGUAAGAACGUACGCCACCAUGAUCUGAAAUCAAAUUUGCUGGCCUCCCAACAAAAUAACCCCCCAAAUAAAAACAAGAAAUUACGGAAAAUAAAUCCCCCAAAUCUAUCUCAAUUUCAGGGCCAUUUAUCAUCAUCAUUCUCAUCAUUUGUUUUUGUUAACAUUCAUUUGAUCCCCUCUUAUGUGAAUAUCGAAAUUUUUGAUUCUCAACAAUUCAAUUCCACUAGGGAUUAGGGGAAAGAAAGAUACACGGUUUUUGUUCCUGUUGUUCUCAUUAUAACUUCUUCUUCUUCUUCCCACCUCUCUCUUGGUCUUUGGUUUUUUAGUCCCCUUGAUUUACUUGAUACUACAAUCUGUUCAUACUAUUCAUACUUCUUGGAUUUGUUUUCUGUAAUUUUUGGUCCCCAUACACGCAACUCUCAUUUUGGGUUUACUCUCAAAAUCUAAUCUUGCGGCAGUUCCGCGUUGGCGGCAUUAAAUUUAAAUAGUCAGAACCGAUAUUUUGUGGCAAUUGUUUGAUUCCGAGCACGAUUGCUAAGCUGGGUAUCAAUUCUUUUUGCUGAUUUCAGCUGAUUUGUAAGUAUAUUGUUUGUUAUUGGAUUGGUUUUGUCGGGUUUGUGAACUGUAAAGGGGGGAAUGAGAUUUAGAUAUCUUGGUGGACUAUAUCUGAAGUUGAAGACAAAUUAGAAAUUGGGUUUUUGCUCAGAUUUAAAUUUUGCGGGAUUGAUUUUGUUGUUUUAGGGUGAAAUUUUUUUUUGAAGAGGAAAGAAUCAAAAUAGAGUUUGUUGCGAAUGUGGGUUAGAGGGGCGGGGAGAUGAUCGGCGAAGAAAAGACAUUGGGAAGACGACAAUGACUACUGGGUCAUUGGGUCUUCGACCUUCAGGAAGUUAUGGAUCAUUGCAACAACAGCAAUUCCAGAACGGUUCGUUGCCAAAUCAGGGUUCGCCGCCUCUCUCUUCAAGGAAGCCUUCCAAGAUGUUUAAGGACAAAGAUAGGUUGUUUCCGUGGAUUUGUAAAUUCGCACCUCGAAAGAAGGUUGGAAUGCUGCUCCUCUGUGCCGUUUCGGCUGUUGUAUUUAUGUGGGUUCUUUAUGUUGGCAAAGGUACUUCUUUUUUGGGCAUUCUUAAAUCUCCCCUUUCCCUGUUCCUGCACUUAGUUGUGUCGUCAUCUUACCCAGAAAGUACAGUUUUCAGUGCCUUUGAAUGCAACUUUAUGACAUGAGAAAGUGGUUGGCUUGUGCUUUAUGCUGGUUUGAUGCUGAAUGAUUGAUGCUUCUUGUUACCUAGGUUCAGUCACACUACUCUAUUAGAUAGAUAUAUGAUUAUCACUGAGUGCUUAUGCUGGCAAUCUAUGAGGGGGAGAGAUUCAUGCUGUUAUUAUGUUUUUUUAUUUUUACUUUGUUCAGUCCACAAUCUGAUCAUUUUUGCAUGGCUUACAGGUGAAGAUUCACCAGAAAACAAUAUGAAGAAUAUUCAAUUUAACAACACUUUAGAUUUUAGUAAUGGAGUCUCCUCAGUUAAAUUAGAGAAUGUAUCAGUUGAAGUUGGCCAUCCUGAGGCAAAUGUAUUGCAAAGUAGUGCAAAAACAAUCCAGUUGCUGUCUCCCCCGCCACCCCCUCCACCUCCUCUGACAUACUUUACAGGAUACACCCUUCCUCCUGGUAACCCAUGUGAGGGUUUCACGUUGCCACCCCCUCCAGCAGAUCCGAAAAGGACUGGACCACGUCCUUGUCCUGUGUGCUAUCUUCCUAUGGAACAAGUUCUGGCCUUAAUGCCGGAUGCACCUUCCUUCUCUCCUGUUCUGAAAAACCUAACUUACAUUCAUGAAGAAAAUGCUACUAAAACUGAGUUCGGAGGCUCAGAGUUUGGUGGAUAUCCUUCACUAGAGCAGAGAAGAGAAUCGUAUGACGUAAGGGAGUCUAUGAACGUGCACUGCGGAUUUGUGAAAGGAGUCAAGCCUGGACAAGGGACAGGUUUUGACAUUGAUGAUGCUGACCUUCUUGAAAUGGAAACUUGUCAAGGGGUGGUUGUUGCCUCCGCAAUAUUUGGAGCCUUUGAUUUGAUACGUCAGCCAAAGAAUAUUAGUGAAUAUGCCAGAAAAAAUGCGUGCUUCUAUAUGUUUGUGGAUGAAGACACUGAAGGAUUUCUUAGAAAUUCUAGUGCCGUGGACAAUGACAAGAAAAGUGGGUUAUGGCGAAUUGUUCUUGUUCGCAACCUUCCUUUCUCUGAUCCUAGGCGCAAUGGAAAGGUCCCAAAGCUUCUACUUCAUAGACUUUUCCCAAAUGCCCGCUACUCUUUGUGGAUUGAUGGAAAACUUGAGCUGGUGGUAGAUCCAUAUCAAAUACUUGAAAGGUUCUUAUGGAGGAAAAAUGCUACCUUUGCAAUUUCUAGACAUUAUAGGCGUUUUGAUGUGUUUGUGGAAGCUGAAGCUAAUAAGGCUGCUGGAAAGUAUGAGAAUGCUUCCAUUGACUUUCAGAUUGACUUCUAUAAGAAGGAGGGUUUAACUCCUUAUUCUGCAGCUAAACUACCUAUAACAAGUGAUGUUCCUGAAGGAUGUGUAAUCAUAAGGGAGCAUGUCCCCAUAUCGAACCUCUUCACUUGUCUGUGGUUUAAUGAAGUAGAUCGGUUUACUUCCAGAGACCAGAUAAGUUUCUCUACAGUGCGUGAUAAGAUCUAUGCAAAGACCAACUGGACAUUGAAUAUGUUCCUGGACUGUGAACGACGCAACUUUGUCAUUCAGGGUUACCACAGAGAUGUGCUUGAGAACCGGGGUUAUCCUCCACCUCUUCCUGCUUCUGUUGAUGUUGUCCAUCCUCCCCCACUUAUACAUAACCUACAACAGAAAAACACGUCGGAGAUUGCCGCAGGAAGUGGCAAUACUAGUCUGUCAAAGAAGCUUCCCGCGAAGCGUGGGAGAGACAGGAAAUCAAGACGCCAUCGGAAAGUAGCCGCGGGCAGCAGGGAUAUCACCCCACCUUGAAAAUUUUUGUUUAGGCGAAUCUCAUUCUUUCCUUCCCUGUUACAAAAUCAUCGUCACGGGGCAGUAAACUGUAAGUUGAGUGUCAUAGUAAUAUUUCAACCCAGGAAUCUCAUUCUCUUCAUAAUUUUUGUUCCAACAUUUCCCAUUUUUUACUUGUAAAUAUAAAAAAGUUUUGAAGAAAACUACCACUGAUGGUAGCCACUUCCCUUACCUUCUUGUAGCUUCCUUUGGUACUUACUGUCCAUCAUGAAAGUAAAAAAGAAAAGAAAAAAUAUACAGACUGGGAAUGAUUCCAUUCACAUUCCCUUGACAGUUAUUUGUUCAUUACGAGAAUUUGCAGUUUUGCCAUUCGAUACAGGAUCAGUACCUAUCAGUUAAUACUAGACUAGCAC